CCCUGGUCGUUGGUCCACUUGAGCCGCCCGACUCCUCGACAUCAUCAAACAUAGGAUUGAAGAAACCAUUCACCGUGAUGCGGCGUCUUCUGGUCCCGAGUACCGUCAGCCGAAAAGGCCGAGCCAAUCAUGUCCGAACAACAUGUGAAGGGCGCGAAGGCAUUCACUUGUGUUGGGCGCAACAUGAGAUGACAAUGCGGGUCGAGGGUACAAAAGCAUUUUAAAUCCAGCAGCCUUGGGGUUUUCCGACUUUCGCACCAACAAGAUUUUUCCGAGACUACCAUCGAUCGCGAAGUAGCCCAACAUGGCGACCCCGAAAUCCAACGCGUCCAUGUCGAACCUUGAGGCCAACAACAAGAACAAGAGUGAGGAUAUGGAGUCGCAGAGUUCAUUCGCGCCGACUCCCGAAGCUGAGAGCGAGAACGAAAGCAGCAGCGACAGCCAGCACAAGAAGGGUAUUGAUGGCAGCACCAGCAAAGAGAGCGAGCUGAAGGAGAUCGAGAAGGCGACCACCUCGACCGGCGCCACAACCCCAAGCGCCCCGGCUUUCGACUUCGUCAAAGCUGCUGAAGAUCUCCUUGCCGACGCCAAGAAGCUCAAAGCGACCAUCGACAGCAAGCCUACCCCCCCCUCCAGCUCUCCCGAGUCGGCAAAGCCCAACGAUGCCAACCAGCAUGCGCCUCUCCCGCCGUCCCCUGAGGAGAUCGUUCUUCGCCAGCGCAUCGCAAAACUAGGCAAGAAGAUUGCCUUUGAGACCGCGCCGCCGAUGGAAGUGCUCAAGUCGGAUUGGGUCACCAUCGCAGACGUCUCAGCCUGGAACAUCUUCCUCCACUGGCGCGCCUUCGACCACAUCCCUCUCACCGGCUCCAUCUCCAUCGCCGACCUCGCCCGCGCUCUCGAUGCCGACGAGUCUCUCGUCUCCCGCAUCGCCUGCAUGUUAAUCUCCACCGGUAAGCUCACCGGCUCCCGUCUCGACGGUAAAGAGCAAGGACCGCCCACCCACAUCUCCCACAGCCGCAUCUCCCGCCUUCUUCGUACCAACACUUCCCCGGCCACCGCUGCCCUCGCCAUCGUUAGUUUCGGCAACGGCAUGAAGGGCUUCGCGAAGUGGCCCGAGUACUUUUCGACCUACGACAGACAUGAACCCCACCCAACGGGUAGGGAGAUCCUGAUCCACGACAGUGGCACUGGCAUUGUCGUGACGACCAAGAGAAGAGGCGCACAAGACAGUAACAAAAUCUUCGUCCCGACGCCCUUCUCUCUCGGCUGGGGCCACCCGGCCCUGGCGCCGUGGGAAGUCAAAGCCCGCUACCCGGAGUACGCGCGCCACUUUGAGAUGGCGAUGGCGGCCAAGGACAAGGGCGCGCAGGGCGCUUUGGGCGGCGAUUUGGGUGUUGGUGGAUAUCGCGGUGUUAAUGUCGAGGAUCCUGGCAGGAAGUUCUCGCUCACUUGGCUUGCCGAACUUUCCCAGAAGAAGCAGCAACAGCAGCAGCACAUCCUCGGAUACACCAACCCCAGUUUGAAGCCCUUGUUAGUCGACGUUGGCGGUGGACUGGGCCACUUCCUAGCCAACCUCCUGGCUAACAUCCCGGAGGUUAAGCCGGAGCAGUGCAUCCUGCAGGACCGCCCGGAGGUUAUCGCCCAAGUCGCAAAGAACAUUGAGGGCGGUGAUAAGAGGUUGAAGGGUGUCAAGACGAUGGCGCAUGACUUCUUCCAGGCGCAGCCGGAGGAAGCCAAGGGAGCAGCGGUGUACGUCCUCCGCCGCGUCUUGCUUGAUUAUUGCGACGAGCAGGCGGUCUGGAUUCUGAAGCGCUUGAGGUGUGCGCUCCACGGCAGCGAGGGACGGAUCGUCAUCAUGGAGGGAGUCCUGCUGGACAAACCGACUCCGGAGAAUCGGUUGGUGGAUAUGGUGAUGAUGAACUUGGGUGGAAAGUUGAGGAAUGAGGAGGGAUAUAGGAAGCUUUGUAUGAAGGCUGGCCUGAAGGUUAGGGGAUACUGGAUGGAUGUGGAGGGAGCGAGUUGUGUUGUUGAGUGUGUGGAGGGGGAUGGAACUGAUGGCUCUGAGGAGUGAUCAUACUCUGCCUUGACUCCUCCUUGGGA